ACUCGGGAAGAUCAAUGUGGUAAGUUUAACCAUAUACUUGUAAGUUUAACCAUAUACAAAAUGUGCAGCAAAGACCAGAUUAACCAUAUACUCGGGAAGAUCAAUGUGGUAAGUAUAACCAUAUACUUGUAAGUUUAACCAUAUACAAAAUGUGCAGCAAAGACCAGAUUAACCAUAUACUCGGGAAGAUCAAUGUGGUAAGUUUAACCAUAUACUUAUAAGUUUAACCAUAUACAAAAUGUGCAGCAAAGACCAGAUUAACCAUAUACUCGGGAAGAUCAAUGUGGGCCUGCCAUCGUGGUCGCGCGGGCUGGAGGCCGCAGAAGCAGCCCGCGCGCGCCUCGUGCGCUGGGCGUGCGGCGAGGCGCCCGAAGAGCCCCCGCGCAAGAAGAUGCCGCACGCGCUGCGCAAGCGGUGGCCGCUGUGCCCAUGUUUGCAGAAUGACGAGCCUCCAGAGAUCACAUACUGCGUGGUGGGCGGCACGGGCGGGCUGGCGCUCCAGGCCGUCACGCCCACGCACCCCAUGCCGCCGCAGGACGAGCUCGACGCCAAGUUCGCCGAGCUGGUGGAAGAGCUGGACCUGACAGCAGUGAACAAAGCGGCCAUGAUGGAGCUACCAGCCGCUAAGAAAUGGCAGAUCUACUGCAGCCGACGGCCGCCGCCGGGCGUGGUCAUGCCAAUGGGAACGGCGCCACAAGUCGAGGAGUACAUUAAGGCGCUCAACGAGAUCGCUGACGCGUUCGCCUCAUCGGAAGGCAUAGUCGCCCCAGAAUCCUGCGCGCUACUCGACGGCUUGAAGACAGCACUCCGCACACGCGCCCACAGCUUUGUACUGCGAUUCGUGAAGCAAGGCGGUCUUGGAGCCCUAUUAGAUGCCCUGCAGCGGGCGCCCCGGGACGAUGCCAUCAACAGGCAUAACCUUAUUGCGGGCAUCAAGGCCCUGAUGAACAACUCGACGGGCCGCGCACACGUACUCGCACACCCGACCAGCAUCGAUCUGAUCGCGCAGUCCCUGGACACCGAGAACGUCAAGACCAAGGUCGCCGCGCUGGAGAUCCUCGGCGCCGUCUGCCUCGUGCCCGGUGGACAUAAAAAGGUGCUAGAAGCAAUGGUCCACUACCAGAAGUACGCAGCGGAGCGCGCUCGCUUCCAGUCCAUCAUCAACGAACUGGACCGCAGUACGGGCGCCUACCGAGACGACCUCGGCCUUAAGACUGCUAUUAUGUCCUUUGUCAACGCUGUUUUGAAUUAUGGUGCUGGAGAAGACAGCUUGGAGUUCCGACUGCACUUGAGAUAUGAGUUCUUGAUGCUGGGGAUACAGCCUGUUAUCGAGAAACUCCGCAAAUACGAAAAUGAAACCCUCGACCGGCACAUCGACUUCUUCGAAAUGAUCCGCAACGAGGAUGAAAAAGAACUCGCCAGGCGAUUCGACAAACAACACGUCGAUACCAAGAGCGCAGGAACAAUGUUCGAGUUGCUGAGAAGGAAACUGAGUCAUACUGCUGCUUAUCCUCAUCUACUGUCUAUGCUUGAGCACAUGCUGCUGUUACCCUUGGAAUACAAUCCUCACGCGCAACACUGGCUCCUCCUCGACCGAGUCGUCCAACAGAUCGUCCUCCAGCAACCCAACGCCGGCAGCCGCUCCACCAGCUCCCAGGAGACAGACCGGGACGACCGCACUGAUAUCAACAAGGUGUACGACCCCGACGUGGCGCCGCUCGACAUCAACGUGGCCGAGGUCGUGCACCUCCUGGCCAAGGAAGAAGAGCUGGUCGCCGCCAGGACCAAGGCCGACAACUUGGAGAAGGAGAACGUAGAUCUCGCCACGGAGUUGGCCAAAAAGGAGAAGCAAGUGGACCAGCAGAGCCAGGAGCGCGAGGAGCUGGAGAACGUGGUGGCGCGCCUCCAGGAGCGGCUCGAGCGCGAGACGGCCGCGCACAUGGAGAGCUGCGACCGGGCGCGCCACGCGGCCAUGAGGGCCACUCAACUUGAACAACAGUUGAACCAAGAAAGAUCAGAACGUGCGAGGUUUGAGAAACUAGUCAGCGAGGGAAGCAUACCUGACGAUGCCAAGGUCAGCAACCUCAAGAGCGCCGUGAUCGAGACCUGCAGCGUCCCUCCCCCGCCGCCCCCUCCCUCCCUCUGCCCCCCGCCCCCGCCGGCCCCCGCGCCCCCCGCCGCCCCCGUACCCCCCGCCCCACUGGCCCCCCUGCCCCCUGCGACCCCCAAACCCAAGAAGAACGUGCCCACCCCCGGCAACCCCCUGAAGAGCUUCAACUGGAGCAAGCUGCCGGACACGAAGCUGCACGGGACGAUCUGGCAGGAGCUCGACGAUACGAAGCUGUAUAACGCUAUGGAUUUGAAUACGAUCGAUAAGAUGUUCUGCGCUUACCAGAAGAAUGGAGUGCAGAAUGAGGGUUCAGUAGAAGACCUUCGUCAGUUGGGUUCGAAGCCACGCACGAAAAUCCUAUCAGUCAUUGACGGGCGCCGCGCGCAAAAUUGCACCAUCCUGCUGUCCAAGCUCAAGAUGUCCGACGAGGAGAUAUGCCGAGCGAUCCUGCGUAUGGACAGCGGAGAGCAGUUACCAAUCGACAUGGUAGAGCAACUAGCCAAGUUCACGCCAAGCGCGGAGGAAGCAGCAUUACUGGAGGAGCAUCAAGAUGAGCUCGAUAAUAUGGCGCGCGCCGACCGCUUCCUCUACGAGAUCUCCAAAAUCCCUCACUACUCGCAGCGCGUGCGCACGCUGCUGUUCAAGAAGAAGUUCGCGGCGGCCGCGGCCGAGGCGGCGGCGCGCGCCUCCACCGUGCUGCGCGCGGCCAGGGAGAUGACGCGCUCGCGGCGGCUGAGAGCGUUACUGGAGGUCGUGCUCGCGCUAGGGAACUACAUGAACCGAGGAGCGCGCGGCAACGCAUCCGGUUUCCGGUUGUCGUCACUGAACAAACUGGCCGACACCAAGUCCAGCGUCACGCGCAACACCACGCUGUUGCAUUAUCUCGUGGAACUGCUUGAGACACAGUUCAAGGACAUCCUGCUGCUGGAGGAGGACGUGCCGCACGUGCGCGCGGCCGCCAAGCUGUGCGCGGAGCAGCUGGAGCGCGACGUGGGCGCGCUGCGCGCCGGCCUGCGGGAGGUGCAGCGCGAGGUGGAGUACCACCUGUCGCUGCCGGCGCCGGCGCCCGGCGACGCCUUCCUGCCCGUCAUGCGCGACUUCCACGCGCACGCCGUCUGCUCCUUCACGCAGCUCGAGGACCUGUUCCAGGACAUGAAGAGCCGCCUGGAAGCGUGCGCGCACGCCUUCGGCGAGGAGCCCAGCGCGUCCCCCGAGCAGCUGUUCGGGGCCCUCGACCUGUUCCUCACCCAGCUGCUCGAGGCCCGCGCCGAGUGCGACGCGCAGCGACGCCGCCGAGACGACGAGGAGCGCCGCACCAGGCACGAGCAGGAGCUCAAAAAACGCACCAUGGAGCGCAAGCAGGCCUCCAGCCUCCUCGGCUCCGUGGGCAAGGCGCUCGGCGGCGGCGCCCGCGCCGACGCAGCCCGCGACGCGCACGGCCAGAAGGGUGAGUUCGACGACCUCAUCUCCGCGCUGCGCACCGGCGAUGUCUUCGGAGACGAUGUGGCUAAGUUUAAAAGGUCUAGGAAGACCUCCAAGACGCAGAAAGGUAGAGAUUCACCGCCCAGAGGCGUGUGCAGGGAGGAUUCUAGAGAGAGAACUAAGAAUUGAAGGAAAGGAACGGGGCCUAGACGAGUGACGCGUUUACAGACGACGGUUGAAAUUUAACCCGGAGCGUAGCCCGCCUACGACGCGAAAACUCAUAUGGAUAGUUUGUAUUCACGUCCAUUGGACUUGGAGAUUAGUUUUCUACCGACGAGAUAUCGCGACCACUGGACGGGUGGAAAUAUGGAAUUGAUGAUUUGACUUUCCGUCGCAUCUAUCAUUUCCAUUUUGACUUUUUGCAUUGACGUUUGUCGACAAAUGAUCGUCAUUGACUACGGCCUCAGAAAGGUACUAAUAAGGUAAUAAUGUGUGUAAAAUCGGCGUCGAUAGAAUAGCGCCUAUGCGAGAUUUGGCAUUUCUGAAUCUAAAGAAAUUAUGCCAAAGUAUGGCUUUGACGCUCCGCCCCUGGCGUGGGGAGAGGAUUUUAGAAGAAUUAAAUGGGUGGAUCAAGUAUUUAUUAUCAUCGUUCUGCCAGAAGAAAUAUUAAGCACUGUUUGAUAGAAAAGGACGGCCUACGGCCCAUUACGGAAAGGGAUCAAAACUACCACAAAAGUGUACCUUUUACAAAGGUUUUAAGUGUAAGGAAGAUUGUAACUAUGGCAACGAGAGACGACAUGAUUCACCCAAAUUUUGGAUUCGGGAUCAGUAAGCUCAAGUAGUCAAAAGUGUAAAUAAAGUUAACCAAGUGAAUGAAAAGUUGGAUAGUGUGUUUAAAGGUCGCUAGUGUGACAACGAAUUGUGAAAUCCGAUGCCAUUUUGUUUUCUAAUAAAUUCGGUGCCUAAUUUUGAAUUUAGAACGGUUUCAUUGUCUCUUCCAACGCGAACUGAACGAAGACUGUACGUUAUUCCAUAGAAUUUGAUUUUAGAACGUUAUCUAUAAGCGUUUGUGUGAUUUGAAUAACCAUAGAGUAGCGCGUAUUGUUUUUUUACUCGAAUUUUAUGAGUAUUUACAGUUGUAAUGGAAUUCUAUCAAGUAAUAGGGACGCUAAGCACGAAAAAUUUCGUAUUUUUCGUUUCGUAUUCUUUUCGUAUUCCUAUCUCUAUCACACGUGCAUAAUUAUAUUGCUAUCCUGCUCGCACAGUGCCAUUGACCGCCGGCAUCAUAGAAACAUGCAGGUCAAUGUACAAAAUUCAUCGUGCUUAGCGUCCUUACUUUACAUCUACCGUCAGUUCCGUGACUCACGGUUGGAGAAAUAUAUCCUAGACCAUUUUGGCUUGCAUUUUAAUCUGUAUUUAGAUUUAGGCCAUUUUCAUUAAUCUUUAGAGUAAGAGAAAUAUUGAUUUCUCCAACUGUCAGAUCACCGUAGCCCCAUAUAAAGUACGGACGCUAAGCACAAAGAAUUUCGUACAUUGAAACGCCAUUUUUUACCUCUACCUAUAUCCUGCCGAUGAUGCCAGCGUUCAAUGCCAAGGUGUGAGCGUGACAGUAGUGUAAUUCUACGCGCGUGUGAUAGAGAUAGAAACAGGCGUGUCUAUGUACGAAAUUCUUCGUGCUUAUCGUUCAUACUUUAGUCUCGUUAUUACAGUAUUUUAACAUAUCGUUGUGGAAUUUUGGACAAGUAUUGCUUAUUCUCUGUGUGACUGUUAGGGAAUUGACCGUAUGCAAACAUUCGUUGAUUGUAAGAUAAAUAAAGUCUAUAAAAUUUGUACUUCGAUUUGACAGCUAUACCUAGUUAAUUUUUUUACAUUAGUAAAAAGGUAAACAAUCUUUACACGUCUUUUUAUUGGAGAACGGUUUUUGAAAACCGGUAACUAUUACUUAUCGUAUAUGAUUUAUAAUUGUUGCAUAUCUGCCGUGAUUUCUUUUACAAAAGUGUUUUUCAAUAAAAAGUCACGUCAAAAUCGUUUACCAUCUUUCUAAUGGUAAAAAAACGAACUAUAAUCUAGAUGGCGCUACGGCUCCGUUAGUUGUCAAUAACUUUAGGUGUCAAUGUAACGUUUGACAAUAGGGAAUAUUACGCGAAACUCUGCGUAGGGGGCGCCACUACCACAAUCCAUCACAAUCUGAGGAUCUACCGAAACAAGAAAAUCGAAAUUUCGUUAUCUAACCUCUCUAUCACUCUUGCAUAUUCGAGCGAUGAAGUAGCAGAUAACUUUUAGAUUUUUGCGUUUCCCGGUAGGUUUGUAAACAAACCGCUUUGAUGCAUCAAUGUCAUAUUUUAUUAUCUGUGAAAACUUGUCAAAAAACAGUUUAAGGCACAGUAUGUAAAAGUUACUUUGUGGUUUAUGAAAGGUGCUAGUGCUGCACUCUGGCGACAGAACAUUGCAGUAAUACUCCCUUUUCCGUUACCACGAAAAAGGCGUCGUACAGCGCCAUCUAUUUUUUGCCGCCAAACUUGUUGUGAAUAUUUCAGACUUAUCUCUUUACAAUGAAUAACUCUGUCGUAUGCUUCAUGUAUGUAACUGAGAAUCCUUAAUAUAGGAAUUGACUGUAUAAUGUGCCGAUAAGAUUUUGACAUUUUGAUACUUUGAUAACAAAGUUUUGGAUACAUUUACACAGCUCCACCAACAUUAAAUUUAAUUUAAUUCUGAUUCUUUGUAAAUAUAAUUUUAAUUUAUCAAAAUUUGUUGAGAUUUUAAUAAGUAAUUUAUUAAAAUGCGUGUCUAUGAGAGUUUAAUUGUAAAUUUUAUGUUUUGUUCAGUAUUUCUUAAGCGUAUAACUGUGCAUGCAACCAGGCGUGUUGUCUCAAAUGUUUCCAAGCCGAUAUAUACUUUAAACUUGAUACUUUAAAGUCUAUUUUGCUGUUAACAUUUGGUACGAGACGCAAUGAUACGUGUUGUUGACUGUACAUUAAUAUAUUGUACCUUAAUAUAAACACUAUUUAAUAAAAACUUGAAACACUAA